AUGGUCGAUUGCACCAGGUCCGCCACCACGUCUGGCGAGGUGAUGCAAAGGGGGCCGGAGGACGAGAACAUGAAGGAGGAGGGGUGGGGUGGGGAGGGGGACGGUGGGGAGUGGGCGCGAAAUCAUGGGGAGCACGAGAGGAGAUCGUCGUCGUCGUCGGUGGGGCCGAUUGCGAGCCGCCCCAUGGUCGCCGGCAGAGACGGCAGCGACGGCAGCGGCGACGGCAGCGGCGACGGUGGCGGCGGCCGCGGCAUUGGGUUGGCCGCGGGGAGCGGCGGCGCUCCGAUAUUAGCAGCGUCCACGGCGGCAGGGGCGACGGCGGCGACAACAGCGAGACCAUCGGUGGCGGUGGCCGGGAGAGCGCCGUCGCCGUUGUCGUUGUCCCCGCCGUUGUCAGGGCGAGAAGCCAACAGUAACGGGCGACCAGCCUCCUCUUCCUUCCCCUGGGAGGAGGAGGAGGCGCCUUCCACCGCGGCCGCUAGCGGAAAUGGCACCGGAAGCCGCCGGCGCGAGUACGACCAGACCGUCGGGGACGACGACCCGGUCGCCGUCGCGGCGGUAGCGGCGGCGGCGGGAGCGGUGGCGGCUACGGCGGUGAUUGCGGUGCUGUACUUGUGCGGCGGGGCCGGGUCGAGGGCGGGUGCGGGUGCGGGUGCGGGUGCGGGGGGAGUGUCGGCGGUAGUGUCUGGUCUUCUCAUGCGAGUGCUGAUUGUCCCGCUGGUGUUUGUAGGGGCGGCCGCUGGGGGGGUGGGGUUAGCGGCGGCGGCGGCGGCGGCGGCGGGCGGCCCGGGGGGGGAGACGACGAGGUUGGGUUGGAUGAUCUAUACACUUUUUGGUGGCUCGUACGCGGAGAACACACGUUUCUUGCUGCUCUCCUGCCUCUCUUUUUCCCCCCCCAGACUACCGGCAGCAGUAGGAGCAGCAGCAGUAGCAGCAGCGGCAACCGCACGAGAGUACCUCUUGCAGCUCGGCGCCAUCGCCGCGGCCGCCGCCGGCCGACGAGAAGAAGGAGAACGUUCCGGGGAACUUUCUCCGGACCGACGACCAUCCAGGGAAAUAGAAGGAGAAGAACGGUACUCGGCGGGGUUCUCCGUGGACGUGACGCCCAUCCAGGCUCACCUCGAUCGCCUCCGGAAGGAGCGCCGCGGAGACCGGCCGCCUGGGUCCAGGAGUGCACGGCGGGGAGCAACCGCGGUCGGGCAACAAGCACCGCCGGUGGGGGAAGACGCGCUCGGAUCUCUGUCGAAGGCCGGGGACAGAAAUUCGCACGUCAGCGGUGGUGGCGGUGGGGGUGGGGACGCCGUCGCCGCGGCGGCUGUCGUCACCGUCUUGCACCUGGUCGUGAAGGCGGCCGCUUGUUCGGUGCUUGAAACCCUGCCGUCAUCUCCCUCGUCCACUCGAGGCACCACGGCCGGUGUUAAUGCCCCUUCUUCUGCCGCCGCCGCCGCUGCUGCUGCUGCUGCUGCAGUGGGCGGCGGAGGUGAAGGCGGUGGCGGCGAGGACGGCGGCGGUAGGAGGGGCCGCACGACGCUGAUCGCUUGCCUGUGGAGAAAAACCAGCCGCUCAGCAACAACAGCGGCGACUGCGGCGGCGCCGGCUCUCGUCGCACCGCCGGGAGGAGGAAGAGGAGAAGGAGGAGAGGGAGGAGGAGGGGCCGCAGAAUCAUACGCCGUUCUUCGGAAUACUGCCACGACUGGGCGGCACGCACCCCCCCUCGGCCGCGAUGAAAAGCGCCACAAGUCGGCAGGAGGAAGGGCCGGCGGAACCUUGGUAUUGGUGGCGGGAGCCGAGAAGAAGACGGCGAGCUCCAUCGCCGCCGAGGUUGCGGUGGCGGUGGCGGCGGCGGCUGCCACGGGGGGGUCAAGGGGAAAGGGAUCCAGAGCGCCCGGCGUCGAACCUUUCACCGGAGACGGCAUGACGGCGGCGGCGGCGGCGGGGGGGGGGUGGAUGGGAGGAGGGUGCCGCUGUUGCAUCAAGACGGGGAUCAGAGGCUUGCGUCGCGGGCGGGCGGAUGCAGCAGCGGCGACGGGAGUGACGGGAAAGCCGGAGGAGAGCGGGAGUGGCGUGGGGGGCGGCGAUUGGUUCCUCUCCUGCAUCCGGAAGCUGUCUCUGGCAUGCUCCGGACCGGAACGCUGGCCGGCGGUAACGCGGCGGCGGACGGGGACGGGGCCCCGGCGAGUGGACUGCUUGGUGGAGAUAGGAUCGUCGCCCCAACCGACACCGUCAUAUCCACGCUCAUCCCCCUCCGCCACUACCACCCCGAUCCCGGUUAUUACGGUGCUCAAUCCGGGGGGGGAGGGGGUCGGUGCCCCAUUACGUGUCACCGUAGGCCGGGUGAGCGCCUUCAACCCCACCGACGGCGGCGGCGGGGAGGACAACGCUGCUAGCGGCGGCGAGGCCGGGGGCAGCGGCGGCGGCGGCCCGGGGCUACCUGUGAUAGUGCUGGAGGUCUCGGUGGUGGGGGACACAAGGGUUGGGCGCAGGGGAACCGGCGAGUUUGCCGAGGCACUGAAGCGACGGCUGCUGGCGCCCGCGUAGACCGUUUUUUUUGUAGAGAGAUGAGAUGGCGUGGAGCCUCAUGAAGUAGUAGUCUCGGCCCCCAGGGAGAAGUUGUAGUGUGAAAGCGUGGCGCUCGUGCAGAUAGCAAGAGGAGAUAGAUGUCGGCGCCCCGGUUUGUCUGGCAUGGGGAAAAAAAUUGGUCGGCAGGUUGUAUGUCUAGAGGCUGGUGUGGGAAAAUACUGGCUGGCAAGUUGUAAGUCUAGAGGUUAGCGGGAGGGGGGAGGGGGGGGUGUACGGGGAUGUGCAGAUGGCACCCGCCGUCAGGAGACGUUCGUCUGCUUGUCCGUUGUAUGGCUGUUAGGAUUAGGUGUGUGCUAUUGGUUGAUGUCGGGGGUUGGUUGCGAAUCGGUGGAUGGAUAUGUCAAUGUGUUGGGUCUGUCUCCAUGCGCGGGUCUUGGCUUGAGAGGUGGGGCGAGCGGCGAGAAGAAGGGUGCUUGGCACUUUUUUCGAAUUACCGAGCGGUUGUUGUAUGAAUGCACCAUAUGUAUGUAUGUGAAGUAUGUUCUAUGUCACGGAAAUAGGAAAGAGAGAGGCUACUGCAUGCUGUCGGGCGGGUGGGCCCCAUGGCGGAUAGUUGAGGUUGUAGUGGUGGAGAUCUCGUUACAGAGCAUCAUCAGGACCCUGGCUGUUUGCAAUAGCCAAGGUGCAUGUCGUUUCAUGGGCGAUUCCGACAGUUCCAUGGCAACCGAGGUCACGAGUAGAAAGUUUGUUGAGGAAUGAAUCGAAACGUUGUUUGGAUUUUGUGUAAAGACGGUGCGCACAAAGAUGUCCCCAACAUGCAGUCACCCACGU